AGGAAUGUGAGGACUUCUUCAUUGACAGCUGUGCUGCCCACGGCCCCCCAACUUUUGUUAAAGAUUCUGCAGUGGAAAAGGGGCAUGCCAAUCGCUCAGCCCUUACUUUGCCCCCUGGGUUAAGUAUCAGACUGUCAGGCAUCCCUGAGGCUGGGCUUGGAGUAUGGAAUGAGGCAUCCAAUCUGCCUCUGGGCCUGCACUUUGGUCCCUAUGAAGGCCAGAUCACAGAUGAUGAAGCGGCCGCCCACAGUGGAUAUUCCUGGAUGAUCACCAAAGGAAGAAACUACGAGUAUGUGGAUGGAAAGGACACGUCUUUGGCCAAUUGGAUGAGGUAUGUGAACUGUGCCCGACACUAUGAGGAGCAGAACCUGGUGGCCUUCCAGUAUCACGGGCAGAUCUUCUAUAGAACCUGCCAGGUGGUCAGGCCUGGCUGUGAGCUGCUGGUCUGGUACGGGGAUGAAUAUGGCGAAGAACUUGGCAUCAAGCGUGAAAGCAGGGGGAAGAGCAUGCUCGCAGCCAGGAGAGGUGAGGGCCACCCCUCUUCCAGCACCCCACCCCAUCCUGGGGAGCUUACCUGGUCCAAUUCUGAAGCAUAGUACAAACCAGUUUAAAGUCAGUGAAGUCGCAAUUGAAUGCGUCAGGUUUGAUUCAUUUCAUAUGACUGUUAUGAAAAAUAUUUAUAUUAAAAAUGUUCUAAUUUUCAAUAUUUCAUGCAAAAAAUAUGUAACAUCACCUUCUGCUGGAAGGCUUAGAAGCUAAAAGCAAGUUUUCUAGCACCUACCAGCUCUCUCACCUUUACCUGUUUCUUCCUCAUUUCCUCCACAUUUCUAAGUGACGUGUACAGUAGUUUGUAUUCAGUUACUUUUUCAA